GGGGAUUUCCAACAAUAAAUAUUCUUAAUUAUUCUUAAUACGUCACAUGUUUGAUGCCAUUCUGUCCAAGUAACGUUCGGUAGCAGUUUAGAUUGUUAUUAACAAGUCGAUUCAGGUGAAAAGCUUUUGUUACUGUGUAACUUUAAGGUUAUUAUUAUAUAAAAAACUCUUUUAGUUUCAGAAGAAAGAAACUUUGUUCUUAUAUUCUACGAACUUCGAACAUUGUAUCGAAAAUAAUAUAUUUCGUUAAGAACAUGGCGUCGGAUGAACAUGAGGAAACAAGUGUAAAACAAAAACUUUCAAAGUUACACUGUCCAUUUACUUGGGAAAUGUUAGAUAGUACAAUAAAACAUAGAAUGACUUGCAUGAAGGAUCAGGAAAUGCAAAACAAUGCCUCUUGUCCAUUAGAAUUACUGAUGCACUCUUUGUUUCAAUGUUAUGCAGCUGUAGUAAGUGCGGAUAAUGGUACAGUGACAGAAAUAAUGAGGAAAAGCGAGGAGCUUUUAAUAGAGAUUCAACAGAAGCAAAAAUUUCAUAAGACAGUAAGGGCAAUUGAACAUGUUUUUUAUGCCACAAAAUGUUUCUUUUUGUAUGAGAUAGAAGAAAUGAAUGAAUUAGAAGAGAUAUUGGGAAAUAUCGAUGCUGAGCAUUUUACUGAUGAAGAAUUGGGUGCUUUGUAUGGAUGUCAAAGUGUCGUGUGGUCUUCCUUAAAUGAUUUUGGUAUGGACAAAGCGGUCGAUACUGCUAAAAAAGCAGUGGAAAAGAAUCAAGAUUGUGCCCUGUGGCAUUUUAUUCUCGCAAAGAAUCUUAGACGCCAAAGACGCGUGAUAGCUCUGUCAUCUGACAUCUCAGACAUGGAAAAGGAACAUUUUGAAAUAGCAUAUGCUAUAUCCAAGAAUCAUGUAUUCGGAGUGUAUUACCUGCAAAUGCGCAUCGAGAGCUACUAUAAGUUUAACAGAGAAUUGGAUUACAAGCAGAGAAAAGCAGCUAAUGAGAAAGAAGUGAUACGCAUAGCCAAAGACAUUUUCAAGUCAAAACCUACUAAUUAUAAGAUACUGUUAAAAUUAGCUCGUAUGUUUCUGCGUGCAAACCUCUCGGAUGAAAUGCAAUUGGCCAAAGAAUGUUUAGACAGUGUAGAAAAAAUAGCUCCGAAUAAUUCUACAUAUUUGCAUUAUUGUGCGAUGUUAUACCAGCAAAGUGGAGACUACAAGGAAGCUAUAAAGUACUAUAAAAAGGCUGCGGAAUGUAAUAAUUUUGUAGCAGAACUUUCAUACAUUCAGUAUGGCUGGGAAACUGGAGAGCUAGAACCGUUGCCACAUUUGUUGCGAAUGGUGAAAAAAUAUAAUCAGUCCAUAACGGAGAGGCAAAUAGUUAUGCUUCUGAAUAUUGCAAUAACUUAUUAUACUCUACAUAAGGACAUAGCAAAUGCAGCGGAGUAUUUUUUAAAAGCUCUAACAAUAGACCCACUGAGCAAAAAAUUUAAGGUGUAUUACAAAUUCCUUGAUUUCGAUACUAUAAAUAUAUCAUACUUUUUGACUACGUAUUUUUGUCCUCGUUUGAUCAACUCACGUUCUCAAGAGACAUGUCGGAAGAUUAAGAAUCUUUUGAGUUUAAAAGACACGACUGAUUUAACGAUGAAAUUAAAAUCCUUAUCUACAGAACCCACAAAAGAACGUUCCGAUUAAGUGCCAAAUAAUAUAUACCCACUUUGCCAUUUUGUAUAAAUUAUUACAUUGUGUUUUUAUUUUGUAUUUUAUUAUUAAUGACGUUAAUCACAAAGUUAUUCUGUAAUAAUGUUAUUUUAGAUUCUA